AUGCCAAAGGGCAAGAGCAAAGCGACGGGAGCAGCAGCAGGAACAGCGCCGCCGACCACAAGUGCCUCCCCGGCGCCUAAUUGGCCUUCUCUAAAGACUGGCAUACCUCCAGAUUCGCUAUUCAUCAACACGUUACUGCACGACCAGAUUCUCAUUAUUCGCAACUUGUUGAGUGCAAAGCUUUGUAAAGACUACGUAGCGUUCCUAUCCUCACUUCCGCUCACCACAACCCCUGGAACACCAAAGCGAGGCGAAGCGGUUCGGGUUAAUGACCGUUUCCAAAUUCAGGACGUUAAGUUUGCGCAAUUGUUGUGGGAGCAGACCGCGUUGGAGCAUCUCGUCAGAGGCUACGAGGAGCAGACAGUCUGGCGUGGCGAGGUGUUGGGUCUGAAUCCAAACAUUCGUGUCUAUCGAUACAAGCCAGGCCAAUUCUUCGAUCAGCAUUACGACGAGAGCAACAAAGUGACCUUUGGCCCCUCGAGAACACCAGGAAAGACCACGUGGACGUUGCUGAUCUACCUGACCACGUGCGAAGGCGGCGAGACGGCUUUCUACCCCGAGCCCGCUCGCAAGGGCCAGAGGGCGCCAGAUCCAAUCAUAGUUGGACUGGAGACUGGCAUGGCGUUGCUUCACAAUCAUGACGACUGCAUGCUGCACGAAGGCCGAGAGGUAGUUCGUGGUGAGAAGUGGGUACUGAGAAGUGAUCUCGUCGUGAGGCGGUGA